UGUCCAGUAAAUGUGGAGGACGCAGACAGGGAGACACUUUGCUCUUCACUUUGAAACAGUCAGUGGGCAGUUCUCCAAAAAAAAAAAAAUCCUCUACACUUUUUGAAUCUAAGAAAAAAGAUGCGGGAGGACAGUCUCGUGCAAAGUCUCUGCGUUAUGUGGUGUAUAAGUGUGUGUGUGUGUGUGUGUGUGUGUGUGUGUGUGUGUGUUUUAAAGUGGGACCUGUGAUCGUAAACGUUGUUUAACGAGGGGGGAAUCCAGCCCACAUAUUUAUUGCAGCCGCUGAAAAAAAUCUCCUCAAUAUCCCCCAAGAUGGCCGCCGAUGUAGGAUCGAUGUUUCAAUAUUGGAAGAAAUUUGAUCUACGGCGGCUUCAGAGGGAGCUAAACUCUGUGGCAUCUGAGCUGGCUGGUCGACAAGAGGAGAGUGAACAUUCCCACAAGCAUCUGGUCGAGCUGAGCAGGGAGUUCAAGAGAAAUGUCCCUGAGGAAGUCCGGGAGAUGGUGGCACCUGUUCUGAAGAGUUUCCAGGCCCAGGUGGUUGCUCUGAACAAGCGCAGUAAGGAGGCCGAGUCUGCAUUCCUGGGAAUCUACAAACAGCUUAUCGAGGCCCCAGAUCCGGCUCCUGUGCUGGAGGCCUCACACAGCCUGGAGGGGCGGCUGCAGCAGAUCCAGAGUUCGGCCCCGGACAGCGAGACCCUGGUGCGAGAGAUUAGUGGGCACUGGAAGAAACACCUGGAGUGCCUUGAAAAGAAAGAACCCUCAGAGGACGGUCCAGCAGGCUCAGGGGCGACAGACCAGGCCCAGGAGUCUGGCUCUCCAGCCUCCCUGAUGAGUCCCAACACCACACCGGCUUCUAGGGCCCCGGGCUCCCCAGGCUCCCCGCAACAGAACUACCAGAACCGAGCCGAUGGCCAAGGAGAGGAGGAGGAGAGCGCCGUUGUAAGUUCAGCUGACAGGCUCUCAGAGGCUGAAGAGAAGAUCAAGGUUCUGCAUUCAUCUUUGAACACAGCACAGACAGAGCUGCUGGACUUGCGGUGUAAAUACAACCAGGAGAUUGCCAACAAGGCAGAGGAGGUCAACGCCAUCAUGACAGAUCUGGAGAAAGCCAACCAGAGAGCCGAGAUGGCCCAGAGGGAAGUGGAGCGGCUAAAGGAGCAGUUAGCCGGUGGCCAGAGUCCCAACACGGGGAAAUGUCGUCCAGCCGAGGGCACUAGCAGGGAGAACAAGGAGAAGGGCGAGUUGUUACCCUCCCAGUUGGAAGCCGCAUUGCUGGCUAAAGAUCGCGAAAUCCUCCGUCUGCUUGAAAACAUUCAGCGGCUGCAGUUCACUCUACAGGAAGUUCAAGAGACCUCGGCCAAUCAGAUUCUAGAGCUGGAACGCCAGCUUGCCUACAAAACUGAAGCUAUUGAGAGAUUAGAAACAAAGCUGCAAUCCCAGAUGGACUAUGAAGAGAUUAAAACUGAACUCAGCAUCCUAAAGGUAAUGAAGCAGGCUUCAGCCAAUGGCAGCUCGUCCCAGGAUUCUGCUAAAGCUGCAGAGGCUCUUCUACUGGAUAAAGAAGCCUUCCUACCGUCUCACAAAUACCUGGUGGAUAAGGCCCACGUUUUGCACAGCAUUGAUGAUGACAAGUCUGAGGAUGCAGGUAGGGAGAGAGGCCGGCCGCCCGGCUCCCAUUCAUCGUCGUCUCAGGCAGAUGGCCGUGCCUCUCCCAGCCCCGGCCCCACUCUGGAUGGCUCCUCCUCUAACCACGAUGUGCCCCGUCCCUUCUCUGUGUCCCCGUGCUCUGGGGAGAGGCUUUCAGGAGACCACAUCCUCCACAAGCAGCUGCUCUCUCCACACUUUAAAAAGGAGGGCUUCAUGGCUUUCCCCACCGCCCUCUAUGCAGCCAAAGUGGCCCUCAUGUCCGCCACCCAGGGGUCUGUGGGCGCAUGCAGCGUGGACGCCGGCCUGCCAAGCGACCAGUCGGAGAGCGGCAGCUCGACCGCAGGAGACGAGGACCAACUGGACACGGCGGAGAUCGCCUUCCAGGUGAAAGAGCAGCUGCUGAAGCAUAACAUCGGCCAGCGUGUGUUUGGACACUACGUCCUGGGCCUCUCGCAGGGCUCGGUCAGUGAGAUUCUCGCCAGACCCAAACCCUGGAGGAAGCUGACGGUGAAGGGCAAAGAGCCCUUUAAUAAGAUGAAACAGUUCCUCUCUGAUGAACAGAACAUCUUGGCUCUGAGGACCAUCCAGGUCCGCCAGAGAGGGAGCAUCACUCCGCGCAUCCGAACUCCUGAAACUGGGUCAGACGACGCCAUUAGGAAUAUCCUUGAGCAGGCCAAGAAGGAGAUCCAGUCCCAGAGGGGGGGAGGCGACGGCAAGUUGUCUCUGAACAGCUCGUCAGGCAGGAGCAGUAACGGGCCGGGCGGCAGCUCUGACGACACCAUAAAGAGCAUCCUGGAGCAGGCCAGGAGGGAGAUGGAGGCCCAGCAUCAUGCCCUGAUGGAGAUGGAGGCCUGCGGGAGGCCCUCUACUGCCAACUCCGGAGCUCAGGUAGAGCACCUGGGCCCCCCCGAGCGCUCCAGAGGCCUGCCUUUACCCAUCUCCAUCAAACAGGAGGAAGGAGGCUGUGUCACUGUCUGCAUGUCCAACCCCAUCAGCAGCCCCCAGACCCCCCUGAGUGUCCUCUCCCCGGCCGCUUUCGUCCAGAACAUCAUACGCAAAGUCAAAUCUGAGAUCGGUGAAGCGGGCACUUACUUUGACCAGCACUGGUCUCAGGAGCGAGGCUCGAUGGUGCACGGUAUCGUAGGCAGUUCUAGACCCUUCAACUCAGUCUCCCCCUCCUUGUCUUCUUCCUCGUCCGGACCCUCGGCCUUGCCCCGGCUAACCUGGCCGCGUCUGGAGAACGGUGAAUGUCUCCCCAACAGCGAGGAGGCCUUGGCGGCCGACGACGAGCUGGGGCUGGGCCGGCCGGUGGAGGUGAAGGUGGAGUCGGACACGUCGGUGAGCGGGGAGUCUCCCGGUCCUGGUUCUGGUUCUGGUUCUGGAAGGCUUUCAUACUAUCCAGCGUACAUCCCCCGUGCCCUUAAACCCACCGUGCCCCCGCUGACUCCGGAGCAGUACGAGCUGUACAUGUACAGAGAGGUGGACACCAUCGAGCUGACCCGGCAGGUGAAGGAGAAGCUGGCAAAGAACGGCAUCUGUCAGAGGAUCUUUGGAGAAAAGGUGCUCGGGCUGUCUCAGGGCAGCGUGAGCGACAUGCUGUCUCGGCCCAAACCGUGGAGCAAGCUGACCCAGAAAGGCAGGGAGCCCUUCAUCCGCAUGCAGCUGUGGUUACUGGACCAGCUAGGCCAGAGUCUAAGUCAGCCCCCGAACCAGGUCCACGCUCAGGAAAAAAGCCCGGCGACGGCCCAGUCCUCACCCUCCCCACCUCCUAGCCCAGCCGAGAGCCACCCGAGUCCCCUGGUGGAGCCGGUCAGCCUGUCCCUGGAGAGCAGCAAGGAGAACCAGCAGCCUGAGGGCCUCGGCCUGGGGCUGCCUCCCCACCCAGAGGGAGGGAAAUCCACGCCCAGCCUCAUGUCUCUGCAUCAGCCCACAAACCCUCUGGGUAUCCAGGAGCUGGUGGCCAUGUCUUCAGAGCUGGACACAUAUGCCAUCACCAAGAAGGUCAAAGAGGUGCUAACAGACAACAACCUAGGCCAGCGUCUUUUCGGGGAGACCAUCCUGGGUUUGACCCAAGGCUCCGUGUCCGACCUGCUCUCGAGGCCCAAGCCUUGGCACAAACUCAGCCUUAAAGGCAGGGAGCCGUUUGUCCGUAUGCAGCUGUGGCUCAAUGAUCCUCAUAAUGUGGACAAGCUGAGGGCCAUGAAGAAGAUGGAGAAGAAAGCCUAUCUGAAGCGGCGCUAUGGGCUGCUGAGCACCGGCUCGGAUAGCGACUCGCCCAGCAACCGCUCGGAGUGUGUGAGUCCGGCCUUAGGCGUGCUGGACCUGUGCCCCUACAGCCAGGUGAAGAAGCCCCGCGUGGUGCUGGGAGCUGAGGAGAAAGAAGCGCUGAGGAAGGCCUACCUCAUGGAGCCCUACCCCUCUCAGAACACCAUCGAGAUCCUGGCAUCCCAGCUCAAACUCAAAACCAACACUGUCAUCAACUGGUUCCACAACUACAGGUCCAGGAUGCGACGGGAGGUGCUGAUGGAGGGUCUGCCAGACAACGACACAGACGCUGAGCACCACAGCUACUCCCCGUCGAUGACGCGGAGCCCCACCUCUGACGGAGAGGAGAGGAGGCCGCGGCAUCCCUCAGGGCACAUCCACUUCAGCCUUCCUCUGAACGCCAACACUCCACAGCCACAUGUCAAACUGGAAGUAACGGACCAGGAGGAUGACGGGGAGGAGGGCUCCAUCAACCGAUCAAGAGUUCAGUGUUUCUCCACGUCGUCACAGUUCCCCCAGUUGAAAAGUGAGCAUGAGGACAGUGCUGCCAGCUGCCUCGAGCCUCAACUGGCUGGUCAGAACCUGAGGCUGGAGGAGGGGGGGAUGAGCGGCCAGACUAACGGGCUCUACCAUGUGGCCGUCUCCAUAGAGGGUCCCCAGAGAUCCAACCAGUCCAGACACGACGGGGAAGACUCCAGGAAGUCCCCCGUCGACCCGGUCAGCUUCAAGGCUUCAUCAGAGCCCUGUCGCCGCAGCCUGGAGGUUUCCCUCAACUCGCCCUCUGCUGCGUCCUCCCCCGGCCUCAUGAUGUCAGUCUCCCCCGUCCCCUCCUCCUCCGCUCCCAUCUCGCCCACUUUGCCCAAUCGGCCGUCGACGAGCACCAAUCACAGCCUGGACCCCAACCUGCUCCCUCCUUUCCAAAGCCCCAAACUCAACAGAAGCUCUCAGAGACGCAACGAGAAAAUGGCUAACCUCAAUAACAUCAUCCACAGGCUGGAGAGGGCGGCCAAUCGUGAAGAGACUCUGGAGUGGGAGUUUUAAGUCUCCUAGUCACGGCACACACAGAAGAAUCUCAAAAAAAGAAGCUUCCUGAAGACUUGGAUCAGAGCCAGGCUUUUGAAGGCCUGACCUCUAGGAGAUGGAAACGCAGAGCUAAACACGGGGCUGAACUCCCGGCAAGAACUAAGAGUAGAAAAAAGUUUAUUAAAAAAAAACUCCUAAUUGCUUUUUCUUUUGAUAACGCAUACUACUUUUAAAUAUGUGUGGCAGCACUAGCUGUCGUUUUACCUAUUGGACUUGACAUAAGACUUUUGCAGCUAUGGUGUCAUCAAAUGUACACUACAGUUCUGUAGAUUGCCACUGGGUGAGAUUAUAAAAGACCCCUGUCUUAAGCCAUUAAAAGCACUAUAACUAUUUGAAAAGAGACAUUGACCAAAUUUGCUACUUUUUGAAUAGCAUUUUUUCAGAUUUUGUCUGUAAGACUGGACAGUUGAAGUCGAGUGACAUGAAAUCCACUUACCGACCGAGGGAUAGUCCUUUAAAGACUCUAAAUAUUUAACAUCUCGUCUGUACUUAGUUUCUUGGUGAUAUGUUUUGAAAUAUUUGUAACUCACACGUAUAAAAAAUGUGGUUGUACAUGUUGUAGAAAAUGUCUGCAAUAGCCUUCUCUAAACCUGAUGUAGCAUGGUACUCACCUGAACCCUGUUAUCCUCCGUAGUUAGUCACCUGUGAUUUACUUGAGUGAAAACAAGAGAAAAAAAAAGAGCUGAAAAAGCAUUCAGAAAAAAAGGACACGUCAAAUGGAAUGAAUAGAGUACUCUGAGUAUUUUUUGUUUCUUUUGAAUAAUUCUUGAGGUUUACAGUUUAGGGCCCUCGUGCUCUUUGUAGUACAGAGCACAGUUUACAUGCUUUGUUUCGGACUUACCUCUCUGACCCUCUAAGGCACUGGUUCUCAGACUGCAGGACACCUGGUUUACCUCACAUUAUGUUGAUGCACAUCAUGCUAUGACCAUUCGAUUCACAUUAACCCCGACCGACACUUAUUUAUAUAACUGAAGGGGAAGUGUGCUGCAUCACACCCAAGCAGGAGAGAGAGGUCACUCAUGAACUGUCAUUUACAAAGAAUAUGCUGCUGUUAGAAAAGGGAGCUAAUAAUUUCUUUCUAUUAGCGUGUUGUGAUCCCUCCUCAGAUUGAGUGCACUUCCCCCACAUGGGUCAUUUACUGUAAAUAGAAUAAUGUGUACUCGAUCAAACAUGCUGCUGUGUUUGGAUCUCCCAUGGGGCUAAAGCUCACAAACGUGUGAAAGCAUGACACAGUAUGACCUGACAUCAACAUGAAACACAUCCCUUCUGUAAGUAUGCUACACUCAAGGAUGCAAAAGGUUACAGGUACCCCCCUCAUAUUAUCUUGACCACUUGUGUAUUGUGUCCGUAGAAGUUUUUUUGUCAUGCUUGCAAAAUGUUCUUUAUGUAUUUUGCCUCUAUUUUAUACUCAAAACAAUUAGAUAUUGGAUACCUCGUGUAUGAACUACUUACAGCACUUAGAUUUUGAUAAUUGUGAGGACUCAAAAAAAUUUCAAGUAUCAACAUUAUCCUAACUUAGUGUCCACAAGUCUUUGCCUUUACUGUAUCGUCGAAGUUGGUAGUAAACACUUGCACAUGUCUACAUAGUUCAGAGGACUUGGAUUGUAUUAUGUAGAGAUAUAUAUUACACAAUUACUAAAACAAAAAAAAAGAUAUCUUACAUUCUUGGAACAAAAUGUGCUGAUUAUAUUGAAAUAGAGUGUACAGAUUUAAUAAACCAAACCCAUCCAAGCCAGUGCUGGUCUGGCAAGCUUGCCCACGUUUUCGACCUUCUCUCAGGGUAGUCUUGCUUUCUAAAGCUUUACUGAAACAGUUGGUCUCAUCCAUCGUGGUGACUUUGAUAAACAGAGUGUGGAGUCCACAAUGACUCCAUGAUAGAUUCAUUGGACCUGUGGAAGUUGUGAGUAUACGGGAAGUACACUUUCCACAGAUAGAGGUGGUUUGUUGGAGGGCGGGAGCUGUUUUGUAAUUCAUUACACAGAUUGGUCCAAACACACAGUGUCCAUGCGAGCGGCCAGGAUGAAGCUAAUGGGUUGCAUUUUUCCAGAUCAGUAGACUUUGUUCUCUAAAAUACUUUUUUUUCUAUCUUGGAGCCACAGAGGAUUUUUCUCUGGUUUGGUACCAACAUUUUUUGUGCAUAAUAUACUGUAAGAUUUGAAGCGGCAUUUCUUAUGUGGAAAUUUCAUUCUCUUUCAUGGUAACAUAUGACUGAUAAAGAUAUGUAUUUACCAACGCCAUUAUCUCCCCAUGUCGAGCCCAUCUCAUUGUUUUGCAUGCAAAUCCAAUUUAGUCUUAUGACAAGGGAUAGACUGUGUUUUUUUGUGUUGUUCUUGCACAGAGACAUUGAAUAAGCACUUAAAAUCAUCUUGAAUUAGUUAAGUGCAUGGUGCAGCUGAUCAAUUUGGCUCUCACAAAGUCAUGAUGACUCCUGUCAAAUCAGAACCUAUAAGGACCCAGUAAACGUGACUUUCAGGUAAAAUUUUAAUUACUUUGUGCCAUAUCAUUAUCCUCACAGAACAAAUGCAUUGUGGGAAAGUGUGUUUUUGAUGGGUGUAGGACUUUUUGUAACACAGUGCAGAUAAAAAAGCAAAGCUUUUCGUACUGAAAGUCCUACACAUCCAAGGGUUUUAUUUUAUAACUGACAUUUGUCACUAAAUCAUGAGGUAAUUGGUUGGCAACAUUUCAAUGCUUGUGUUCAGAGUUGGAAAUAGGAAGUAGAAAUAACUCUGACACAAAGGGUUUGUCACAAGGACAGCUUUUAAUUUGAAAGUCAGCUGAGAGCCAAUCAGGAGACUUUUUCCUGCAGGCUUAUAUUUCUGUCUAAUGCCUCGAGUGUCAGCCUAUUAAAUGUCAAAGAAUGAAUAAAGGUAUGCCAAGCGUCUUGGAAUUGAGUUUGCAUAUGUAAGCCAUCAUUCAAUACAUAAUUGAUUAAGA